UAGCAGUGCAAAGUGAAGUAAAGGGGAUUUCAGUCGUCGAAAAAUGAUCUGUGAUAAACUGUUAUUCCGCAAAUUGAUGUUACAACUUUCGGAAUAAGUUUCAGCGCGUUGAUUACUCUUAUACAAUUUUCUCMACUUAUCUAAAAUUGAAGCUAGAUUUGCGAUGAAUUUUGUUGGCACGCUGCGAGAUUUCCAAGUACURGGCAGCAAGGAUCAAGUGAAAUGUGCAUUGGGCGCCCGAGUGUUUUUGGACUUACAAUGUGACAGACGAAUAACGAAUUUGGAAAAAUGCUACAAUUCUGACUUGAAUUUGGUUUAUUUACAAGGGCAACGUGACGACGCUUUCGUAGCAUUUAUUCCUGUGCUGUCAAGUCAACCGUUAAACCUACUCGAUAUUGAAAAUAUUCAGAAAUGUCUGACAAAAUGCUUAAUGUUUCAGUACAUGCUUUACACUUGCCGUUUGCGAUACAUCAUCAAAUAUUUUGUAUUACCAAAUGUCUUCGGGGGUAAUCAAAAAACCCAGUUGUUGUGCAAAAUGAUAAGAAAAUCAUUAACGGUAACUUCUUGGCUACAUAUGUAUGUAUGCAGSCCCGUAGCAGAAAAGCGGACCACGUAGAUGAAUACAAUGAUUUGUUGUUCAAAGUCUGCAAAAAAUUGUAGCUGAAAACUCCAAGCCCGAGAGGAAUUGUUCCCGAUAUCUCUCCUUCACCCUAGUUAAAACAAAAUUUUCAUUGAUAUGUUUUUUAUAAAUAAAACACGUAUUAAUUUUGGUGUUAAAUGAA